AAUCCUUGUGGUAGUUCUCCAUGCAAAAAUAACGGGACUUGUCAAUCAGGAUUUACCAAGAAAGGAUAUCACUGCUUGUGUCGUCGAGGUUGGACAGGUGAAAGAUGCCAAGAUGGUAGGUCUGAAAAAUGAACUAAAUGAACGCAGUAGUUAUGAAACCACGCAAGCUGUACCGCACUUAAAAGGAAGAAACCACAUGUGAGAACAUUAAUUAAAAAAAAAAGUAUAUAAUCCGCUGUAAUAUUAGCCCUGCCAUUGUCGACAAAAUCAUCACAAGCGCAACAAGCGCAGGGCGUUCCAGACGGAAGCAGCAUUUUCAGGAGCUUGUGCAUUGAUGAAAGAGUUUUCCUUUCACUUUGGAGUGGAUUCAGGAUUUGCGGCACGUCUCUCUUUACUUUCACCUUCGAUUAGCCUAAAAUUCUCGAUCUGAGUUAUAAUUUGAAGUUGAGUUAAUUUUCGGUGGACUGUCGACCUGUCGUGUAAACGAGACAGUUCCACUGUCCAGUCAUCGUUUUCUUUGCAAAGUAACUGAAUGAGUCUUUUAAUAACCAUCUUCACCUAGAUAUUAACGAAUGUGAUGAAAACAGUCACGAGUGUAGCCAGAACGCAGAUUGUACAAACACAAAGGGAUCUUACAGAUGCAACUGCAAGACUGGAUUCUAUGGAGAUGGAUACAACUGCACAGGUAUCCCAGUGUUUACUUGGGUCCUUAGUUGUUGUAAACAGUUGAGAAAAUAUCCAUGCAGCUAACAUCAAUGAACUGCAAAAGAUCAUCCUCUUAGGAAGGACACGUAUACUAAGAAGAUUUCUAUCCAUCCAGUAAAAUACCCCUCUAGGACCCCAGGAAUGGGCCAGUUUCUAACAGACUACAAGGAAAAACAAUAACAACAAUAAUAAUAAUAAUAAUAAUAAUAAUAAUAAUAAUAAUAAUAAUAAUAAUAAUAAUUAAUUAAUUAAUUAAAGAGCCGGUAUCCAGAAGAAAAGGUAGAAGAGUGGAUUUUAAAUCCAGCGUGCUGAUGGAAGUGGAAAGCUCAGUUAUAAGCGAGGUAUUAUUUCUCUGGCCAAGAAGACGAAAAGGGGAGCUUAUAACAGAAGUAUUAUGCUAGUGUACCAUUGAUCUAUUUGCUUAGGAAAGAGAGGGAGAGAAGACUUAAAAGAAAGGGCGGCUUAUUCACUGUCUUCCGCUUUAUAAAGAAUAUGAAGGCAAGUAAGAAGUAAGUGGUUAAUUCACACUAUUACAACGUUAUUCUAGAGAUCAACGAAUGUCAAGAAGAACUGAGAUGCGGAAAGGACGCAGCUUGUACGAACACUGAAGGAUCUUUCAGAUGCACCUGCAAUAUUGGUUACUAUGGAGAUGGAUACAUCUGCACAGGUAUACCACUGUUAGUGCAAACUUCCCAAGACUGAAAGCAGUUGCAAGCGAGGGUAAAAGACAGCACUGAUUGAUCACCAUCAGAAAAACAGCCUGAAAUAUGAUGAUGUUUACCGGUUUGAGGUUGCCAAUAGUUCCCGGUAAAAAAAAAGCGGCCAAUAAAGUGUUAACAAUAACUGCUGCACUAGAUGGAGAAUUUUCUUCCUUUAGCGUAUGUAAAAAAACCUGUGCAUUGAACACCAAUCAGUCUUCUAUAGUCUGAGGCAUUGGAUGCUUUGACAGUUAUGAUCGUAAAUCGUGUAAAUCGUAAACUUUUAAACCAAACAUUAUAUAAGAAAGGACUGCUUUGUCUUUUAGAAGAGCUAAGGAAAAUUCUUUAUGCAUAAGUCAAUUCCAGCUGCUCCCAGCCCCCUCCCCGGGCUGACACCCGGGCAUUAGCAUUUUUUUUUGCCUUGGAUGGCAAAUUCCCGGGGUGGGGACUCUUGAGCUGUCAAAUCCCCCGGAGUGGGGACGAAAAAAGAGGGCAAAUGCCCCGUCCUCCGUCAACAUCGCAACAUUUUUUAUUGAUCGCACGGUCGAGUGGUGCCAUUUUAAGCAUUCUAAUGUGCGAUUUUUUUUUUCAAUUAACGUCUUCCUUUGUAAUAGUGCUAUUCUAAUUGAGACUUCACGCCGUGACGACACCAGUUUAUGGUUUUAGUAUUGUUAUAAAAUUAAUGACAUUUUAAAAAUUAAUAGUGCCCUGUAAAGUUAACUGCAAUGAAUAGUUUUAUAAAUAUGAAAGGAUGUUCUUCAAAUAGUAUCAAGAGAAACUUGAUUCAAUAAGCCAAAAAACGUUGAUUCACGUCGAUAGCUCCCGAGUUUCGCUAUAUAAUUCUGGCUUGAUAAGCAAUGAAGAAAUGCAUGCAUAAAAUCGAGAACAUGCCUUUACAAACCUCUUCAAUUUUUUCCCGGCCUUGAAAUGAGCCAAUCUGCUUGCUUUCAAGUAAAAUCCUGUGUGUAGCUAAAUUCUGAUAGGAAACCGCGUGCGUGUCAAAAGCUCGGGGUUGGCAAAUGCCCGGCCCCCGGGCAGGGCAAAAUUUGCAAAUGCCCCACCCCCGGGACUGAGGGCGGGCAAAUGCCCCGCAGUAGCCCGGGGGGGGGGGGGGGGGGGCUGGGCGCGGCUGGAAUUGACUGAUGCAUUAACAACUGCCUUUGGCAACAUAGUGUCUCAUCGCUCGCAGAAAUGUUGGGCAGUCUGAUAUUUUUCUAACGAAGUAAAAACUGGUUUGGCUGCUUCUUCUGGUUUAAUUCUUCUCGAUCUUUAUAAUAAUUAUGCUUAUGACAAUUUCACUAUUAAAACGGUCUCCUAUGGUUCCUCUUUUAACACGAACAAGUUGAUUAUCUCACAGUCACAGUCAUCUCACUCUCUGAUCUUAAAUAUCUUUUGUUCUCCCACUAGAGUGUUACACAAUAUUUGACUUCGAAGACCAUGAUUUGUCAAAUUGGACUUUGAAUGGCACUGCAUUCAAUAAUCAGCCAACAUACGGGAAUAACACAUUAGCAGGGACGUACAGGUCUUGGAGCAACCACAAAGGGGAUUGGUGGAUUGGUACCUACGACAAUCGGUCCAGUCCCUUUGAACCGUUUGGGGGAGAACAAGGCGAUGAUCCUCAAGGCUCAAUGACGUCACCCAAAUUUCAGAUUACUGGAAAGUUCCUCACUUUCCUAAUUGGCUCAGGCUGCAAAGGUCAUACAGGUCCAAUCAUUCGUGCCGAGCUUAUUGUUGAUGGGGUAGUGGUUCGCAAGGAGACACCGACUGAUUGUGAUGAUGCUAUGAAAGAGAAAAGCUGGAAUGUAACGUGUUACGCCGGUAAACAUGCCCAGUUGCGGUUGAUUGAUCACUCCUCAGGUCACUGGGGUCACAUUAAUUUUGAUAACUUACAAGCUUGCCAUAAACUCAUUUCAGAUACGGAUCCUUGAGUUUUCUUUGUGUUCAUUUUGAGCAGUUCUGUAGGAUAAAACAAGACAAAGGACUUGUAAGAAUAGAAGCGGUUUUUAUUUUGGAAUCAUUUAUAGAAUGUACAGCUCUCUUUGUUUUUCUUCUGUGAUCAAUCAGAUCCUCUGUACUUUUAUUUUAUUUCUAUUUUAUGUAGUGAUUUCGGUGAACAAUACGUGUAGUAGAGUUCGGAUGUUUUGAAUUAGCUCUGCGGUAUUUUCCCAAAAGUUAAAACAAAAGUAACUUUAUUCGCUCUUAAAAACCCAAUACAAUGGGAGUCAUUUCUCUCCCUGAACCUGCAAAUUACAAACACAAAACUAAAUAUAAAGGUAACGAGCUAACAGCGGGGUGUAAGAAGCUUGUUCUUAAAGUUAGUGUACGAUUAACAUAAGAAUUAUGUGAAGAGUUUAGUAAUGAUCCUUGUAAAAAUUGGGACUUUCAAAGUAGCAGAAAGCACUUCAGAGCCUUGCUUUAUCUUUAUUGUUUGACUAAAAGCUGUAAAAGGUAGCAAAACGUAUACAUACACCAGGAACCGGGGCCAAUAGCACACAUAUCAGGAGAAUGCACCCAGCGAGAGUUUCCUCUUUAAUACAUUGAAAACACUUUUUAGGCUAUCCAAAGUACUUUUAGAGCUGUAGAAAUUCAUUUUAAGUGGCGCUAUAAAAUUUGUAUCUGUUCGGUCACCUUAGAGGAACUUGGGUCUUUUCGAAAUUUUAAGGGCUUGUUGAUUUCGAUUGAUUCGAGAAACGGUAGAGAGGUCAAAGCGAUUGCCUGUUCUCUUAAAGAAGAUACUAUUUAUUCCACUACUUCAGAGUUUGUUAAAGUUUCCUCAGACUCAAGUAGAAAGGUAACAUUGGUUACUGCUUUGAGAAUGUCAAACCGCGAGGGAUUGAACACGAUAGGACUCCCUGGCUCUGUUUCCAUCUUUCCAAAAAGGGAUGGUGUAGUACUUUUAAAAAAUGACGACACAGAGUUAUGGACCUUUGACAUACCCCAAGUGACGUUGUUUUUUCUAUUUCAGAGGAACGGAUAG